GUAAAAGCAGCGCCACGCCGGAUAAAGACCUUGGUUUGGAUACCCCUUGUUCUCAAUUCUCCACCUUCCGGCGUUCCGUUCUCCGCCGGUGAUCCUAGAGGCAAUUACGAGCACUAUAAAUCGAGGAGUUUUGGAAAGAUGGGUGAUAAUUCGUCGAAUCGGCCGAUCAAGGCCGAGGUUUCCGGGAUCGAGAGCCCGAGCAAGGUGGUAGAUUCUGGGUCAACUGGAUGGACAGACGAGAAGCACGGUCUUUAUCUUACUUCUAUAGAAGCAUCAUUUGUUAAUCAGUUAUACAGCAGUGAAUGCAAUUCAGAGAACUUGCUUGGCUGGCUGCCAAGAACACAAAAACACAGAAAUUCAUCUGGAUCAAAUGCCAAAGUCUUCACAUCUGGUCAGUUUAAGGUCCUGCAGAGAGGCUGCUGGGAGAAUCUAAAAUCUGAGAGGGCCAAAAGUCGCAUAGACUUUGGGAAUGAUUCUUGUUCUUUGUCUUCGAAUCCAUGGAUUCAGCAUUUUAGAUCACCUUCCAUUGGAAAAGAGACACGUCCUGCAUCAUACCAGGUGGAUGACAAGCUCUUGGCCAGGCAAUCAAUCCUAGCAGCUCGGAGGCAUGGAAGAGAAGCAACAAGAACAAAACAGCCUCUAGCCUGCUCUCACAUAUGUUGUCAAGAUUCUGUUGGGAGCACUACAGAGGUAUCAGAUCAGAAUUUUGUUGAUGGUGAGUUUGAAGGAAUGGAACAAUCAAGUACAACAUACAGGAAAAAAAGACCGAGGACCGCAAUUGUUGAUAGGCUGGAUAAUGAUCAAGUCGUUCCAUCUGGGAAAUCGCAUGAAACACCAAGUUCUGGUAAGAAUCAUGCUUGUCUAAAUGAAAGCAAUGCAGAAUGUAGCAGUAAAGCAGCUGAUAUAACACCAAGCUUACUGCCAGUGGAAUCUGAGCCUCCAGAUCAUUCAAAGAUUUGGAAUUGAAUGGUUGAAUUUCAGCUAACGUGAAGUGGAACAUGGUACAAGAGUAGUAGUGCAGAUAAUUUAACAGGUUAAGCACUACAUUGUAAUCUGAAGAUAGUCUUUUUGAUGAGAUGCAGAUGUGAAGUCAGACAUGAAGAAUUGUAAAGAGCCUUCCAGAGAUUGUAAAUAUAGAUCUUAAGUUGAUGCUAUAAUCAACCCUUUCUAAGUUCUUGAAAAAAAAAGAAAAAGAAAAAGAAAAAAAGGUUGAUGCUGCUAUGUAAGCUUUGAGAUAUGCAUACAUGGUUUGCAAGGAAUGGUAGCUGAUGCUGGUAGCACCGAGCCCUCUCUUUCUUUUUCAGAUGUCUAUAGGAUGUGUGCAUAAGAUUGGAGAGCUGUAGUAUUGAAAUCAUGAUAGUUUUUUCAGCUUUAUUAUAUGUUGUUUGCCGGUUUAGUGGAUGAAAUAUUUUUCAGUAUUAUAUUACAACAGCCUGUAGCUGAUGCUUGUCAUGAAUUGCAUGAGGCUAUCCUUGAAAGUUAUUUGUAAAAAUAUAUAGAUGACUAGCUGUUCUUUUAUAAUUGAAAUAAUAAGCAGGUUUAGACCAUUCAA